UACGUCUUUAAUUCUUUAUAAAAAAAGGAGGGAAAAAAAGCUUCCUGUUGAAGAGACCCGCCCUCUGUGAGAGCACCGCAGAGCUUCACUCCUCCUUUCCUUUUUCACUGAAGCAGCAACAUUUCUCUGUGAAGAUGGCCUCUAAUAUGGUGAUUCAGAAUAUGUCCUUCAGAGUCGGACAAUCCUUGGCCAUUGUUGGAAAUAUUAAACCCCAUGCAGUCAACUUCUCUGUGAAUGUUGGCCACAACAGUCAGAGCAUUGCCUUGCACCUGAAUCCCCGUUUUAAUGCCUUUGGAGACACGAACGCCAUCGUCUGUAACUCCUACCAACAAGGCAAGUGGCAGCAGGAGGUUCGGCCUGGAGGCUUUUGUUUCUUCAGGGGAGAGAACUUCAAGCUCAUCAUUAAGUUGACCUCUAUGGGGUUUGUGGUGACCUUACCGAAUGGCUGUCAGAUCAGUUUCCCCAACCGCCUCGGUUCAGGGAAAUACAACUACUUCAGCUUUAAUGGCGACGUCCGCAUCAAGAGCUUUGAGAUUUACUAAGCUUCCAUCCUGCAACAUUACUUUUUAUAUAAGGUGAAAAACAGUAUUUUCCCUUUGAUUUUAUCUUAAAACUAGUGUGGUGAUCCAAGAUACCAGCAUCUGUGAAGGAUUUCACUGUAUGAAGUUAUAAAAAAAACCCAAAAAUGUCCACUAAAGUAUUGUCAUUCAAUGGUAUUUUACCUGUGAAGUAUUUUAAACAAUUCCUAAUGUAAGAUCUAUGUUCAAAACAUUUCAUUCAAUAAAUCUUUGGAAGUCUA